AUGAGGCUCACUCAGAGAGAGAGAGAGAGAGAGAGAGUGUGUGAGAGACUCCCGCGCCGCUGUAUUGGAGCUUCGUCGCAGCCUUUUGUUUUAAGGACGCAGCAGCGCCCAGCAGACCGAGGCUGAGCGCACGGUGAGCGGCUGAAGAGGCUGAGAGGAGCCGGGAAGCUGAGGGCAGAAGGGGGAGUGUGUUAUGGAGACCCUGGCGGAGAGGAGCUAAAGGCUGGAGCUCCAGCUGUUUCGACAGGCAUCUACAUCUCUAUCUAUCAGUUCUCCUCCACUGGAUGUGGCUCAGCGGAACGCCUCUCUGCUCUUCUUCAGAAUCAGCGCGUGUUUUUUCUGAUCGUCAGGACUACGGGGAUGUGAAGAUACACCGCGCACGAGCAUCCUCCGUUCAUCUGUUCUCCGGUCCGGUGUUUGGACCAGGAAAUACAGGACAGAGUAACAAAUUAGCUCCAAAGCUCCCUCCCUCAUGGAUCUAAAAGCCGAGUCCGAUGACAACCUGGACUGCGAGCGGCCGGCGCCCAUCGAAGUUUUCGCCAGCCGCUCCACGCUGCACGGCAUCGCGCACAUGUUCACGUAUGAGCGCGUGUGCAUCAAGCGCUGCCUGUGGAUCAUCUUCUUUAUCGGCUCCUUCUCCUUCCUCGUGCUGGUGUGCGUGGACCGCGUGCAGUUCUACCUGCAGUACCCCCAUGUCACCAAGCUGGAUGAGGUCACGGCACCAAUGAUGACGUUCCCCGCCAUCACCUUUUGUAACCUCAACCGCUUUCGCUUCAGCCGAGUCACACGCAACGACCUGUACCACGCGGGAGAGCUGCUCGCACUGCUCAAUGGCAGAUAUGAAAUCCGGGACACCCACCUAGUGGAGGAGAGCGUGCUGGAGACCCUGAAGGUCAAGGCCGACUUCCUGACCUUUAAGCCACGCCCCUUCAACAUGCGCGAGUUCUACGAUCGAACAGGCCAUGAUAUCAAGGACAUGCUGCUGUCCUGCUACUACCGGGGGGUGGAGUGCAGUGCUGAGGACUUCACCGUGAUCUUCACUCGGUAUGGAAAAUGCUACACCUUUAACUCGGGUCAGGAUGGGCGCCCUCUGCUAGUUACCAUGAAGGGAGGCAUGGGCAACGGUCUGGAGCUGAUGCUGGAUAUCCAACAAGAUGAGUACCUACCAGUGUGGGGAGAGACAGAUGAGACCUCGUUCGAGGCAGGCAUCAAAGUGCAGAUCCACACUCAGGAUGAGCCUCCUUUCAUCGAUCAGCUGGGAUUUGGGGUGGCCCCAGGCUUUCAGACCUUUGUAUCCUGCCAGGAGCAGCGGCUGACUUACCUGCCUCCCCCGUGGGGUGACUGUCGAGAUGCUCCGAUGGACUCGGAUUUCUUCACCACGUACAGCAUCACGGCCUGCCGCAUCGACUGUGAGACGCGCUACCUGGUGGAGAACUGCAACUGCCGCAUGGUCCACAUGCCCGGAGAUGCUCCAUACUGCACUCCUGAACAGUAUAAAGAGUGUGCAGAUCCAGCUUUGGAUUUCCUGGUGGAGAGAGAUAAUGAUUACUGUGUGUGUGAGACACCCUGCAAUAUGACACGCUAUGGCAAAGAGCUGUCCUUCGUCAAGAUCCCCAGCAAAGCCUCAGCCAAGUACCUCGCCAAGAAGUUCAACAAGUCUGAGCAGUACAUCUCGGAUAACAUUCUGGUCCUAGACAUCUUCUUUGAGGCCUUGAACUACGAGACGAUUGAGCAGAAAAAGGCCUACGAGCUGGCAGGAUUACUGGGUGAUAUUGGUGGUCAGAUGGGUCUUUUUAUUGGAGCCAGUAUUCUAACCAUUCUGGAACUCUUUGACUAUCUUUAUGAGGUGAUCAAGUAUAAGCUGUGUCGCUGCGCAAAGAAGAGCCACAAGCGCAGCAACAACAAUGACCGGGGAGCCGUGCUGAGUCUGGACGAUGUGAAGCGUCACACUCCCUGUGAAAACCUUCGGACACCCUCCACAUAUCCUGCCAACAUUCUACCUCACCAUCCAGGGCAGGGCAAUUUUGAGGACUUUACCUGCUGAGCCCAUCACAGGAGGAGAUGUACAACCAAAGUUGACCGUGCAAAACUCCGCCUUUACCCGGACAUCAUGAAAUUUCUUUAAUUUAAAAAAAAAAAUUGAUAUUGUUGUUGCUCUUUGUUUUGUUUCCUGCCUGGAUGAUUCAUGGUGGGAAAACUGCCAUGUUGAUUAUCCAAAUGGACCACAAAAGUGAUGCUAUCUACGAACAAAGGAUUUCUUGGAAGACUGCCUCAAACGGAACACUCCUUCCUAGCAAAGCCUUCGCAUCAAAUUCUAUGUGACUUAUACUUCAAAACUGGCAUACAGUGGAAAGGUCUCUAGUGGGUGGAGCCUCCCCGACACCUAUCCUGUACAUAGCAUUGGCUCUACACUGUCUUAAAUUGAGUGGCUUAACUAGAUUGUUAGAAAUAAUAUAGUGCUUAUUUCCACUGUACAUGUAGCAGCAUUCGUGACCACUGGUGGGCGCCAUCCAAACUCAUACAUGUCUCAUAAAAGAAUGUAAUCUUCCCGAACAUCUUGCAACACCAAACCAGUUGGGAUUAGCUGUUCAGGGAAGGGAGGAACCAUGGUUGGACCAUCCAGGUCUCAUCUCGUGACUGCAUGCUUGUGCUUGUUCUCCUGUGCAUGAUUUCAGUUAUUUAUUUUAAGCUCAUUCUUAUUAUUGCCAAGUUUGCCUCAAUUAUAUAAAGGUAUCGAUGGAUGACAUGGCCCUCUCUAAUUGUGUGUGUGGUGUGUCUGAGUACAUGAAUAUUUGGGUGCCUUAAACCCUAAAAAGUAAGUGUGACUGGUUGAGAGUGGUAUGAGAGUAUGUGAGUGUGUGAGUGUGUGUGAGUAUGUGAGUGUGUGUGUGUGUAUUAUUCCUCAACUAAUUAUUUUAAUAUGUGUAUGAUGAUAUAUGAAUUCCUAUGUAAGUCUGUGUAUGUGUGUGUGAGAGAGAGGUUUACAGCUUACCCAGCAGGCACCAGACAUCAGUGCAACAUCAGACUUUGAAUUUUAGUUGAAAAUGAACGUUAGGGAGAUUGACGGAUCUAAAGCUCCAGUGUUGAACAGACAUUGAAUUUCAGUUAAAAUAUAAAAAUCGAAGCAAAACUCAACAUUAGAAAGAUUCUAAAUUUAGUUGGAAAAAACACCAACCAAAAAAAAACACAACAUUGAGUUGACAUCAAUCUCUUAUCAUUAGACAGAUGUUGAAUUUUGGCUAGAGGUCAAAAUUCAACAUUGAGUUCACAUCAAACUGCAGUGCUAGACAAAUGUUGAAUUUUGGUUUGAGAUUUAAAACCUCAUAUCUUUAAAAAAAAAACAAUAUAAGGUGGACAUUAAGCUUCAAGGUUACACAGAUGUUGAAUUUAGUUCAGAAAUCAAAGUCUCGUGUAUUUAAAAAAUAUAUAUAUGGUUGACAUCAAGCUCAAAGGUUAGACAAAUCUUGAAUUUUGGGUUAAAAAAAAUGGUUUGAUACCAAAGCCUAAUGUGGUACAGACACUGAUUUUUGCUUGGAGAUCAAAGUCACAUUCCCUUAAAACCAGCAUUUGAUCGACAUCAAGCUCCAAGAGAUGUUUAGCGAGAUGUUUAGUUGGUUGGUUCCUUAACGCCAUGUCGUGGCACCAACAACAUUAGAAUUUCACAUUGUAUAACAUAAUGAAUUUGAGCAGCUUUUUGUGUAUAGCUUACUAAAUCUAAACUAAUUUUUGUGCUAAUUUAUGUCAAUAUGAAAUUGGUAUGUGAUGUUUGGAAGUUGGACGUUUUUGGUUACUUUUGUUCACAAAUAACCUACAUUUAAUCAGAUAACAGCAUCUUUCAGUGUUGGUGUCUAGCUGGGUAUUAACUGAAUGGAUUAUCCUCUCCAUUUAAAUUAUGCGGCAUAGUUAUUAUUAUUUUCUGUCGCAAAUGUCAUAUCAAAGCACAAGACCACCAUUAUCUAAAGGGUGAUGUAAAAAAAAGGCAGAAUACUAUCAUUACUGAGACUAUUACUGUCAUGAUAAUCCGAUCUAUUAUUACUCUAUUAAUCUGAUGUUUUGUUUUUCUACUGCAGAAAGAAGAGUAUACAUAUUGCCUGAUAGUCCAGUCUUUACAGAUAAUAGACUGUUCUAUUUAUUUAUGAUGGUAUAAUAAAUAUUAUUGAGAAUUUUA